ACAUAGCAAGAUCUCAUCUGAUAAACGGGACCUCAGUCUAUCCUCAGACUUAGUCAAAGAACUUCACAUUUCUCAAAGAGAAAGAGACUAUUCUACACAGAAAAUGAAGACUGUUAUUGUUUUAACUCUCCUCAUCGCCACAGUCUUCUGUCUGCCUGUGAAGCGCACAGCAAGCAGUUCAGAGAGCUCUGAAGAACUUGUGGCUGUUCAACGGCCACCUCCUAUUCUGCGAAAAGCUGCUGAUGUUAUGUUCCAGGCAGAACCUACACAGACCGCGGCAGCAGAAUCCAAUGAAAGCACAGACAGUGCAGAUGACACUGAGGAUGCAGAUGAGGAAUCUGAAACAGAUGAGAAGGAGGAGAACGAUACUGAUUCCAGUGAGAGUGAAUCUGGAGAAACUGCGACCACCGCUGUCCCAUCCACAGCAGAGCCCUCGCUGGACCCCAUCAUCAACACAGGCCGGGGAGACAGCAUGGGCUACCCUAGCGACUACAAAAAAGCCAUUGUUUACGUGGACGCAAACGACGUCGAAAAAAUACCUUCCCCAUACAAGUCCUACAGCAGCGACAAGUUGGGCGGCUUGACAUUUGUGAGCAAGAAAACUUCUGCCUAUGACGACCAGAGCAUCAAUGAUGUAGAGAAAGAAAUUAAACUGUACAAGGCUCUGCAGGUGCAUGAUACUCUUCUGGAGGAUGAGGGCACCAGCACCCCAGAGGUGGAGAACAUGGAGCCAAACGACCGCCAGGCUCCUCUGGGAAACCAAGAGGUCGUUCCCACCGACAAUCAGGACGCUACAGCUGAGUCCAACAGCGAGGGGGCAAGUGCUGGCGACACAAGCAGCGACAGCGCAAGCGCCAGUGCCAGCCAGGAGCAAACUGAAGAAGAGUCAGAUAGCAGCCCGAGCAGCGAGGAGACCACAGCCACACCUGGAGCUGCAGACAGCGACGACGACUCCUCACAGAGCACAGAGAGCCAGGAGAGCAAUUCGGACGAGGAGACCGCUCAGACCACCGACGCGACCGUUAUCAUAGCAAAGUAAACGCAUCCGAGCACUAACCCUCAACGGGCUUUCGACAGAAACGAAUGCAAAUGUAUUAAGUGUAUGGUGCUUGGUGACUCACUCCACCUGAUGUUAGUGUGAGUUAGACAAACGGCAGAGCACAAAGAUACAGUACAUACAAGUUCUUGAACUGCUGCCGAACCUGUUAAGAUGCAGUUUCAUCUCAACAAUGUCUUCCUGUUCAUUGCACAAUUAUUUACAAUCUUAAUGUAAAUGUAAUUUUAUACUGCUCUAUGUAUGUAAUGACUGAUCAUUUAUAAAUAAAUUUUGUCCUAUAUCA